AUGAUGGAAAAUAACAAAGAGCAAGAACUACCACAAUUGAGGAGCGAGACAUCUAUGGAGCUAGGCUGUGAUCCUCAUGGCUAUUCACGUGCUGGAUAUGAUACAACUAUUUGGUAUUGUGCUAUUGCAUUGGGAAGACCGAGUAUGGAGUUGAACAGACUGCGUGAAGUAUGUACUUUAUAUUGUUUUAAACCUAACUCGGAUGAUAGAGAAGUUAGUAUACUUUGUAAAUUUGAUGCAACUCCAGAACUGGAAAAUAGAGAAGUUAGUCUGGACACUGAUGAAAGUUAUAAGUCACGUACUCAAUUGCUACUUAUCACUUUGUUUAAUGCUCCUGUAUUACAGGUGUUUGGGUCUCCGAAUGACGCUAAGAAGUUAGAGUUUUUAUUCUACAACUAG